UAAUAUAGAGGUCUAUUGUGUUUGACAUUCGUUUCACAUUGUAUAUAAAAUUUUUGUAUGCAUAUUUUGUAAUUUGUAUAUUAAAUGUCAUAUAAAAUGUGCAUAUAAUAAGUUUUUAUAUGAUAUAUUUACAUAUAUACGUAUACAUAUUUUAGUAAGCAAAUAAGUAUUUUAAAAAUUGUAUAAAGAUAUUUUAAAGAAAUAAUUCAAACAUAACCACAAAAUGCAAUGAAUGAUAUAUUUAAUUAUAAUAAAUAUUAUAUUAAAUAUUGAAUUAUAAAAAUUUAAUAUACUUUUAAGAAAAUAGAAUUAUAAAUAUUUUCAAGAUUUCAAUAUACAUAUUCAAAAUGCGUAGUCGUAGUAAUUCUGGUGUUCGUUUGGAUUAUUACCAACGAAUCGUACACAAAAUCAUUAUGAAACAUCAGAAUGCAGUUACAGGACUUUUUCCUGCUAGUCCUGAAAAUAAUCAUGCAUGGGUUCGUGAUAACGUAUACUGUAUUCUUGCUGUUUGGGGUCUUUCAAUGGCAUAUAAAAAGAUUGCUGAUGCAGAUGAAGAUAGAGCCAAAACAUAUGAACUUGAACAAAGUUGUGUAAAAUUAAUGAGAGGUUUAUUAAUGGCAAUGAUGCAACAAAAAGGAAAAGUUGAACAAUUUAAAUCCAGUCAAAAUCCAUGUGAUGCCUUACAUGCUAAAUAUAGCUCUGUUAAUGGACAAACUGUUGUGGGUGAUACAGAAUGGGGUCAUCUUCAAAUAGAUGCUAUAUCUCUUUAUUUAUUAAUUUUAGCUCAAAUGACAGCAUCUGGUUUACAAAUUGUUUUCAAUUUGGAUGAGGUUGCAUUCAUUCAAAAUUUAGUAUUUUAUAUAGAGUCAGCUUAUUGUACUCCUGAUUAUGGAAUUUGGGAAAGAGGAGAUAAAACAAAUCAUGGGUUGCCAGAAUUAAAUGCUAGUAGUAUCGGAAUGGCAAAAGCUGCAAUGGAAGCAAUGAAUGAAUUGGAUUUAUUUGGUGCAAGAGGUGGACCUACUUCAGUAAUUCAUGUAUUAGCAGAUGAAGCACAAAAAUGUCAAGCUGUUUUACAAUCUAUGUUACCACGAGAAUCAAAUUCAAAGGAAUUAGAUAGUGGCUUAUUAUCUGUUAUAAGUUUUCCAGCAUUUGCUGUAGAUGAACCUAAUUUAAUUCAAUUAACAAGAGACGCAAUUACUAAAAAAUUACAAGGUCAUUAUGGAUGUAAAAGAUUUUUGAGAGAUGGAUAUAAGACGCCAAAAGAAGAUCCUAAUAGACUUUAUUAUGAACCAUGGGAAUUACGUAUAUUUGAAAAUAUAGAAUGUGAAUGGCCUUUGUUUUUUUGUUAUUUAAUUGUGGACUACUGUUUCCAAGGCAAUAAAGAUGCAGUAAUAGAAUAUACAAAACAAUUAGAACAAAUAAUGAUUAAAGCAGAAGAUGGAAUAAAAUUAGUACCUGAAUUAUAUUCUGUGGAGACUGCAAAUGUAUCAGCUGAAUAUGCUGAACCAGGUAGUCAGAAACGUAUUGCAUUAGGUAGAUGUCCAUUUAUGUGGGCUCAAUCUCUUUACAUAUUAGGAAAAUUAUUACAAGAAGGAUUUCUUGCUGUGGGAGAAUUGGAUCCAUUAAACAGACGUUUAUGUAGUGAAAAGAAACCAGAUGUUGUAGUACAAGUUGUUAUUUUAGCAGAAGAUGCUGAAAUUAGAGAAAAAAUAGCUCAACACGAUAUUCAUGUACAAACAAUUGCAGAAGUUGCACCAAUUGAAGUGCAACCAGCAAAAGUUCUUAGUCAUUUAUAUACAUAUUUAGGUCGAAAUAAAAAAUUAGGAUUAUCUGGGCGUAAAUCAAGAGAUGUAGGAAUUUUGAGUACCAGUAAAUUAUAUUCCUUGAAUGAUAAAAUAUUUGCAUUCACUCCGCAGAACUUUGACGCGGAGGAGUACUACACGACAAAUGAUGCAGCCCUCCUUGCCAACACUUUUACAACCAACUUGGCCUUCCUCACCAUCAACUGGAAGCAAAUGCUCGGCAGGCCAACUAUAACACUUGUUGCUACUCAUAAUCAUCUAGAUCAAGGAAAGAUACCAUUAGCAAUGAUAACUACUAUGAAAAAAUUAAAAAGUGGUUAUAUUAAUGGUACUCGAGUUUCGCUAGGAAACUUAAAUGAUUUUUUGAGUACAUCUUGCAUUACAAAUCUAAGCUUCUUAGGAAGUUCUGAAGAUGGUAAACCCGAUAAAUUAAAUCCUCAGGUUCAACAAUAUUUAGAAGAACAUUUGAUGCGUGCAUUUCCACAUCGUACAGGACUUCUUAAUAGACCUAUAAUUAGAAGUGGAAAAAAUUUAAGACGCAAAAUGUCAGUAAAAGGAGCUAUAAAAAAAACAAGAUCAAUUGCUGUAGAACCUGAAAUUCUUGGGAUGGCAGGAGAAGAUAGAAGACCUUCUGCUAUUUUAAAUACAAAUCCAUUUAUUGAAGUGACAGAUACAACAUUAACUUCUAAUCCUAUGCAAUCAACUUCAAUGGAUCGAAUACCUUCUCCUACAAAUGAAUUAUUAUCAUGGACAAAUUCUCCUAAGUUACAUAGGCAUAGAGGUAUAAAUGAAACUCAAUAUGCAGAUACAGAAGUUGAAGAAUUGUUAACUAUGCUUCGAGAAACAGAAAGUUUAGAAGAACAAGGAGACAUUUUACAAUAUCUUGUUGAUUCUCAAGGUUUAUAUUUUAAUACUGGCAUGGUAGAAGAAGGUCAUCCAGUUUUGAUAAAAGAUUUACUAAAAGAUUUGUAUGAAAAAGCAUGUCAACAAAAAAUGUGGGGUAUUGUACGUCAUACAGCUGGUAUGUUAGGAAAACGGGUCGAAGAUUUAGCCAAAGCAGUUACUGAUUUAUUAGUUCGUCAGAAACAAGUUACGGUUGGAAUGCCACCAACUAACGAACAUACUAUUGUUGCUCCAUUGCCAGAAAAUGAAUUACGAACUUUAAUUCAUCAAGCAUAUGGAGAUGAUGAAUCUACUGCUAUGUUGACACAAGAAUUACUUGUGUAUUUAGCGAUGUUCAUUAGAACUGAACCACAAUUGUUUCAUGAAAUGCUUAGACUUAGAGUAGGUUUAAUCAUUCAAGUAAUGGCUACUGAAUUAUCAAGAACUCUAAUAUGUACUGGAGAAGAAGCAUCUGAACAUUUGCUAAAUUUAUCACCUUUCGAAAUGAAAAAUCUUUUACAUCAUAUUAUGAGUGGAAAAGAAUUUGUUAUUAGUAGUGUUGGUCGAGGAAAUUUUUCUGUUAUCAGUUGCAAAUCUAGUAAAGUCAGUAAGAAAUCACAAAUUGGAGGUUUCUUAAGUCCUGAUCAAACUGAUGGUAACGAAGCAGAACCAGAUCGACAAGGUCAAUGGCUACGACGAAGAAGAUUAGAUGGUGCAUUAAACAGAGUACCAAGAGAUUUUUAUCCUCGAGUAUGGCAAGUACUCGAACGAUGCCAAGGUUUAGCAAUUGAAGGUAGAAUUUUACCUCAAAAUCUUACACAGGAAAUGACACCAGGAGAAUUAAAAUUUGCAUUAGCAGUAGAAACUGUGUUAAAUACUAUACCACAACCAGAAUAUCGUCAACUAAUAGUCGAAGCUUUAAUGGUAUUGACUUUAAUAACUGAAUAUAAUGUAGUAACUUCCUUGGGUGGACUUAUUGCUGUUGAACAAUUAGUUCAUAAGGCUAAUGCUAUUUUUUUAGAUGAUCAGAUGAAGAUCGAUGGUGAUGCUACUUUAUGUUGUGCCAAACCAAAAGAACAACGUGAAACAACUGCAAUGGGAAAUCUACUUUGCGGUGGAGCAGCAUAUGUUUGUCAACAUUUUUAUGAUAGUGCUCCAAGUGGUAGUUUUGGAACAAUGACAUACAUUACAAGAGCAAUAGCUACAUUAUUAAAUUGUUUACCAAAAGAUAGUGAUUUAGAAUGUUCAAUAUCAUAAUUAUUUAUUUUUUAAAAAUAAAUAAUAAAAUUUUGAAGUUGAUUUAUAUCUAUCUAUAUCUUAUAAUUUAUAUUUAUAUUAAUUAUUUAGAAUUUGUUUGUGAAAUAUAAAAAUUUAAUUAAAAAAAAAAAA